AUGGUGAACAUCCCAGAAUACUAUGCAGGGAAAAAUGUGCUGAUAUCUGGAGCAACAGGUUUCAUGGGGAAGGUUCUGCUGGAGAAGCUGCUGAGGUCCUGCCCAGGGGUUAAAGCCGUUUACGUGUUGGUUAGGUCGAAAGCCGGACAGAGUCCCAAGGCCCGCGUGGCUGACAUGAUUAACUGCAAGUUGUUUGAAAGAUUGCAAGCAGAGCAGCCAGACUUUGCAGAGAAGAUCAUCGCGGUGAACAGUGACCUCACGCUGCUGGAGCUCGAUCUUAGCAAAGAGGAUCAGGGCAUCCUGGUUGAAAACAUAAACGUGGUCUUCCACUGUGCCGCAACAAUCCGCUUCAAUGAGCCGCUCAAAGAUGCGAUGCAGCUCAAUGUCCUGGCAACACAGAAGAUGCUGGCGCUGGCCCACAGGAUGAAGCACCUGGAGAUCUUUAUUCACGUCUCCACAGCCUACGCCCACUGUGACCGAGAGGUCAUCGAGGAGGUCGUGUACCCUCCUCCUGUAAACUACCGCAAACUCAUGGACAGUCUGGACUGGAUGGACGACGAUUUGGUAGCAACACUGACCCCCAAGCUCAUUGGAGAGCGUCCCAACACUUACACCUACACCAAGGCUUUAGCUGAGUACCUGGUGCAGCAGGAGGCUGGAGACCUCAAUGUCGCCAUCGUCAGACCCUCCAUUGUUGGCGCUAGCUGGAAAGAGCCAUUCCCUGGCUGGAUUGACAACUUCAAUGGACCCAGUGGCAUAUUCAUUGCUGCUGGAAAAGGGAUCCUGCGUACGAUGAGGGCAUCCAAUGACGCCGUUGCUGACCUGGUCCCAGUAGAUGUGGUCAUUAAUACAACUCUAGCGGCAGCUUGGUUCUCUGGAUCACAAAGAGUCAACAGGCCUAGAAGCAUCCUAGUGUACAACUGUACAACUGGUGGGAUCAACCCAUUUCGCUGGGGCGAAGUCGAGUACCAUGUAAUAUCCACAUUCAAGAGGAACCCCCUCGACCAGGCCUUCCGUCGGCCCAAUGUUAAUCUCACAUCCAAUCACCUAAUCAAUCAGUACUGGAUUACCGUGAGCCACAAGGCUCCGGCCUUCCUUUACGAUCUGUACCUCAGGCUGAUCGGACGAGAGCCCAGGAUGAUGAAGACAAUCACUCGUCUGCACAAAGCCAUGAUGGUCCUGGAGUAUUUCACCAGCCAUUCAUGGGUUUGGAACACAGACAAUGUGGCCAUGCUGCUGUCCAACAUGAGCCCCGAGGAUAAGAAGGUGUUUAACUUUGAUGUGCGCCAGCUGAACUGGGCAGAGUACAUGGAAAGUUAUUGCAUGGGCACGAAAAAAUACGUCCUCAACGAGGAGCUGUCGGGGCUGCCUGCUGCACGCAAACACCUCAACAAGCUGAGGAACAUCCGAUACACCUUCAACACCAUCCUGGUGGUCCUCAUUUGGCGCGUCUUCAUCGCCCGUUCCCAAAUGGCCCGUAACAUCUGGUACUUUGUGGUGAGCCUCUGUUUCAAGUUCCUCUCGUACUUCAGAGCCUCCUCCACCAUGAGAUAAUGAAGCGGGGACGCGGAGCAAGGCAGCGAGUUGGGGGGGAUGAUGAAGACUGCGGCUGCAGACUAUGAGAGGCCCGACGCUCUGAGCGCAAGGAAGGAAAUGAGCUCCUGGACGAGCCUGGAGUCUGCAGUGACUUAAGAUCUUAAACAUCCAGCUUCUGUCCAACCUGAUUUAUCACUCUUUAAAAUACGGGAUUUGUCACAGACCUGCAGUGAACCGGCGAAUCACGACGAAGACCUCGUUCUGUUUCCCUUCAGUCCUACCGCACAUCCUGCAAAGCUAUGCAUUAAUCGAUGCUCUGCUCCAAAGCCCUCUGGCAGUUUUUUUUUUUUUUUUUUUUUUUUAAAUGAGUCCCUUCAGUCUUCUACGGCCAAAACUUACUCCGCAAGAACAGAGAAAUUAGUUCUCUCACCCAGAGAUGCAAGAACCCAAUUGCAUAAUCCUGCUCUUCCUGGUUCUGUAUUCACCUUUUUCCUUGUGUAUGAAUAUGAAGCUGGUGUGCUGCAGCGGGGGAGACCCAUGGGAGACUACAGGAACUCAAGUGCAGAAAUCUUCUGGCAAAGUAUGAAACCUCCCAACAAGAAAGAAACGGAU